AUGAAGCUUUCUACGGUUCUUUUCUUGGCUGUAUUUGGAUUCUGCGCUGUUUUUGCUGCUGAUGUUGUCGAUGGAGAAGUCUCUGACGACGGACAGAAGGUUGUCGAAGAAGAUGAUUUGACAGUCGGCCCAUCACCAGACGUUUCUGUUGCUUUCCAUUUUGUUCAACCGGCUGAUGCCAACACCCUUAAUGAAGUUUAUGGCGGAAAGCCAGUCAAGUUCUUGAUCGGAUUCCACAACAAGGGAGAGAAGGACUACGUCGUUAAGUUCUCUGAAACUUCAUUCAGAUUCCCAAUGGACUUCAACUACUAUCUCCAGAACUUUACCCGUGGAGAGUACAACCGCCGUGUCCCACCAAAACAAUCCACCACUCUUGACUACGGAUUCUAUGCCCACGAAUCUUUCUCUGGAAGAAACCUUGGACUCGUCGUCAACCUUCACUACGAGGAUGCUGAUGGCAAGUACUACAUCAACAACGUUUACAAUCAGACUGUUGCCAUCCUCGAGGACGACUCCGGAUUCAACGGAGAGACUGGAUUUAUGUUCUUGAUCUUCGUCGGACUCGGAAUCGGAGCUCUUUACCUCUGCAACCAAUUCCUCUCCAAGCUUUCACGAAAAUCCGGAAUUCAAAAGAGAACCGUUGUCGAGCAGGGAACUACCAACGGCGAGGUUGAUUAUGAAUGGAUUCCAAACCAUGUAAUCAAGACCUCUGAGAAGAAAUCGCCAGUUGGAUCACCAAAAAGCCGCAAGGCCAAGAAAACCGACUAA